AUGCCCGUGCUAAUUGGCUUUCUCCUGUUGCCCCUUCUGUUAUUCGAUUUUUACGACACACUCAAGUUAAGAAACAGCGCAGAUCGUAUCAUCCACGUGUCUGAAAAGGGGGGCUGUUUGCCAAACCCGUGGUCGUUGAGUCAUAGUAUAAAUGCAAGGCAUCUCUUUAUUCACAACAAGAAUGGAUUUGAAGGCAGGCUCAAAUUUGAUAGGAAGAACGCGGGUGUGCAACGGAGGAAGGAGGAGCUGUUCCUCAGUAGAGACGAACCGGGCUUUGCAAAAAACGAAAUGAAAAUAGAGACCUUUAAGAGCCCAAGUGGGAAUGAAUUCCUAUGCACCAAACUGGUGAUGAAUGAUCAGGAGAAGAGGUUCAUCGUGGACCUGUGCAGUGACAACAGUUUUUUGUUUUCACGGGGGGAAGACAUCCUCCUUAAAAGUAAUCGUAGCAAUGGUGUUGCCCCAACCGAAUCGGAGAGGGGACCCCCUCAUCUCCUGUUCGGACGAGAAGACGUGCAAAAUGUGCACGAAGAGCUCUACCUGAACAAUACCAAGGUGGAUGUAGAGAGAGUGGUGAAGGCAAAGGAAAGUAGGGAGAAGAAAGUUUUUCAAUUCUACCUAAUGGAAGAAAAACAAAUGGACAAGAAUUUAGAUGGGAUUAUCGGAUUUGAUUUUUUUUCCAACUUUGACUCCUUCCUGUUUGAUACGAUUCGUAUGAAGAUAGAGUUAGGUGGGGACGCCGCUUCGAAUAAACUACAGGAGCAGUGGGCAAGCACCCCCGAUGGGCACUGCCACAAAGUAGACCUACACAACUAUAGCAAUCACAUAAAAUAUUUCAGCGUAGAUGUAAAUAACCAGCUGUAUAAGGGUCUCCUAGAUUCGGGCACUUCAAAGACGCUGCUCAUAAACAGUGACGUGAAAUUGGAAAGGGAAGACGAACGGGGUGAUGAUAGCGUCCCUGUAGAGAAUAUACUAAACCAGAGGUUCACGGUGAGGAAAUUAAAAAAGGUUAAUCGCUUUGCUAUUCUGUCGAAGGAGAGUGAAGUAGGAAUGCCCCUCCAAAUGAAGGAAUUAUAUGCAAAUGAAAAUGUGUUCCCAUAUUUGGACUCCAACGUAGUUUUGCUCGGUUUGGACUUUUUGCUGAACCGCAAGUUCCUCUUCGAUUUAAAAAAUGGCAAGCUCUACAUGUACUGUGAAGGGACUACGUGUUCACCUCACGCUAUGAGUGAAGGCAACCUUGUUAGCGGUUCUGCCACCAGUGGGGCAAACAAUUCCAUCAUUGAUCAUCUGAAGGUGGACCAAAAGUGCGCCGAAAUAUAUGAACAGCUGAAAAGCAAAAAGCUAAGCUUCCUCAAUAUAACAAACGAGUUAGAAAAAGACAACAUAGAUAUGCAGGAUUGUAAAAGCACUAACGAUGUGAUUAGGAGGUAUGCCAUAAAGGUUAUCUACGGGAAGGAAUACCUCCCAAGGAGGGAACCAACUAGGAAGGAUCCCGAAUUUGAGCAAAGAUACAAAGAGAUGACUACCUUCUUUAAGAAAUUAUCCCCAGAGGAAAAACAGAACAUGCUAAAUAAGAUGGUUCACACUUUGAGGAGUGACUACAGAGAUGGUAGUUUUGGGGACCCUUCAUCUGGAGGAAGUGAUCCAACGAAUGAGCAACACAACCCCCCGCGUAAUAAUCACGAGUAUGAAAGGGCAUCCGAAAUAAUAGAAAAGUACGUAACACAGGAAAUUGAAAAGAAGCAAUAUUCCUUGCACCGAUUCAAGUCUUGCAACGCAAAUCGAAGGAAUGAAAAGGCAGUGGAAGAAGAAUACACCCAUUUGAGUGCCCUUUACAAUGCACACCCGGAGUUUAGCUUCGAAAUAUUAAACGACUUUAAAAGGGAACUCUCUGCCCGACGCAUCAAUGUGAAUGCACUGCAGAGUGAAAACGAUAUAAUACGAAAAGUGGCAGAGACACGGGUGUACAACCAGAAUGCGAAUUCGAACAAGGAGGGUAGAAACAGGAAGAGGAAAAAUAUCAUCGUGAGGAGAUUCUCAAAUGACGAUAAUAAUAUACACACACAAAUUAUAAUUAGACGUAAUGGAUUGGAUCCAGAUGACGAUGACAGUGAAGACAACACAGAGGAAGGGAAGGACGGCAAGUACCAUCAGUAUGGCAACAUGGAAAGGAUGGAUGAUCUUUUUCCUAACUCCCUGUUUUCAGGAAUAUUUAAAAAUUUCUUCGGGGAUAGUAACCGAAGUGAACACUACCGUAGUGGGGGCGACGACACUGAUGACGCUGGGGGGGAUGAUGGAGAAGAGGGUCACCAGGAUGGAGACCUACUCUCCGAACUGAACAACUUCUUUGGUUUUGGCAACAUGGGGGAAAACUUUUUUAGGAAAAAAAAAAAAAGCGUCAUAGGGUUCAAAACGAAGGAACCCACAAAUGGAAAUGCUGAUCCAGAAGGGGAGGGUAAGAAAAAAGGGAACGGCACUUCGGGUGACACUUCGAACGACAUUUCGAGCGACAUUUCAAAUGCCAUAAAGGAGGAGAAGGACACGGAUAUUAUCUACCUGCUGAACAAAGUGCAGAAGCUUAAUGACGCCAAUUUGAAAAGCUUCAUUUUGCAAUCGCUCAAGAAUGACAACGUGCGUAGGAUCCUCGUCGACGCGCUGAAGAAGGGCUACCAGAGCGCCCACGAGGAAUGCCGCACGCAGGGUGACAACAAGGGGAUGUACCUCCUGCAGAUGCUGAAGCAAACGGGCAUCUUCUGA